GUGACGCGGUAUCCCACGCUUCAGUUGUCCAUGCUUUUGCGAUUUACACGUCAAGCGCAACGAUAUCUAUCGUCAGAUUUCCUGGGAUGCUCCCCAACAACUAGUGCUAGACUUCCUAAAAGCUUUUCUCAUUUGAGGGCGUACGCGUGGUCCCGGCAACCUAGUUGGCGAGACCGUAGUACUCGCCGCCCUGCUUCAGCCAGAAACGGACGUGAGGAAAUCAAACCAAUCCCAGUUGAGAGCGUUUCAGAUGUCGGGUAUAAUGAGGCUGUGAAGGAAAUACCCCUUGCUGGCUCGGAGGAUGCAGAAGUUGGAUUACAACGAUUGUUGCAGAAUGACACUCUUGUUGUUGUGCGGCAGCUUGAGAUGCUCAAUGUAUUCAUUGGAUUUGAACAAGCUAACCGAUAUGCGAUCCUGGAUCCAGCUGGGAACCAUGUGGGGUAUAUGGCCGAAGAGGAGAGGGGUUUCUUGGGGACAUUUUCGCGCCAAAUUCUUCGUACCCACCGACCAUUUCGUGCUGUAAUUAUGGAUAGCAGUGGAAGUCCCGUCUUAUGGAUACAUCGUCCAUUUUCAUGGAUAAAUUCUCGAAUAUAUGCCCAACGAAAAACGGCUGGCCCGAAUGCUUUAUCAAAAGAUGGCGACCUCAUGGUCCUCGGAGAAGCACAACAGGAAUGGCACGCAUGGCGCAGGCGGUACAAUUUGUUUACCGGACAUGACAAUAACUUUGUCCAGUUUGCCCGCAUCAAUGCACCAUUCUUAUCGUGGGAGUUUUAUUUGCAAGAUGCAGAUGGGUGGAACAUUGCGAGUAUUAGCCGUCGCUUCGCAGGGUGGGGCCGAGAGAUUUUUACUGAUACAGGGCAAUAUUUUGUGACGUUCCGGCCGAAUCCCGAAGCACCUUCGUCAGUCGUCGGUCUCGAUGAAGCUCGAGUGUACCGACGUUUGACAUUGGAAGAACGAGCGACUAUUCUCGCGUUGUCGGUGGGGAUUGACUUCGACUUCUUUUCCAGGCAUUCUGAGCGUGGGGGAUUUGGAUUUCCGCUGUUUUUUUGGAGUUUUGGUAGCGAUGAAUAA